GAACUGCGAUAAAGAUGGACUAGUUUGUCGUAACCAUUUCAUUGGUCAGUACAUGUGUUUUUUUUUUAUAUCCUACUUAAAGUUACAAACUUUAAUAUCAAAGACACAUGAGAUGCGUCUCAUGAGACACAAGUUAAUAUAUGCGCGAUUACUUCAACUGUUCUCAUUACUCAUUCGCGUCUUUUUGUUUAGACAUCUCGCGCAUUAGAAUUGAAACCUGACUUUUAAUUACUACAUAUUUGACAAUUUUAUGGGUUUAAGUUGUGUUUAAUCGGGAAUAAUUACAACUAUGGAUUAUUUUUCUAAAGAUACCGUGGGAUAUUAUUUAGAAAGUGGAAUUUAUUAUAAUGAAAGUUUUCCGCCGACUCCACCGACAUUCAGUCCGAAUCAGCAAAUUUAUCAGACGAAUUUUGAUAAUUUUUCUGAACAUUCCAGACAAUUGGAAAACUGGAAUUAUUUUUUUGAAAAUCACAAGUGCAAUUCUGGAGAUUAUUUUUUUCAACACGAGGGUGAAAAUCCAUCAUGCGGUCAGGGAAUAUCAGAAAAAAAUAAAUCAAAAGCAUGGGAAAAUACGGGAGUGUCAUCCUUAUCGACAUCAUCAGAAAAUAGUUGCAAUUACUCGACAAUAAACGGUACUGAAAUUCCCUUGGAAUCAGCAGAUUACUUGACCGAACAAGAUCACGAGCUCGUUGCACCAGCAGUAAAGGAAGACCUGACAGUCAAGUCUUCAACCGCCGAAUAUGGUUCAAAGAAAAAGACAAAAAGACCGUCGACUAAUAAUAAUAAUAAAUUACGUAAAGAAAGGACGGCUUUUAAUAAACAUCAAAUAAACGAAUUAGAAGUCGAAUUUCUACGCAGCAAUUAUUUAUCACGAUUACGUAGAUAUGAAAUUGCUGUUACACUUGAUUUAACUGAACGGCAGGUAAAAGUAUGGUUUCAAAAUCGACGAAUGAAAUGGAAGAGAACAAAAAAUAUCAAUACUCAACGGCUGCAUCAAUAAAUUAUGAUAAAAUAGUUAUGAAUUUAUUAAUAAUACAGAAAAAAAAAUUUUAAUUCAAUUGUAUAGUUACCUGUAAUGACACUAUUAAGAAUAUUUUUGAUUUUCAAAGAUAAUUAUCAUGGAAAGUAAUAAAAUUUAUUAAUUAUUAAAAAAUUAAAGCAUAAUCUUUAAAGGAAAUCUAAGGUGACUGGUGACUAUUUAAAAAUAUAUAUUCUAUGUAAGUGAUCAAAAUAUUCCCUUGUGGAAAUUUUUCGGAAUUUUCUCUGAAAAACUCAGUUCUAAAGUUCUAAAAUUUUUUUCAAAGUUCUAAAAACAUUUUCAGAGAAAAGUCUGAAAAAUUUUCACCAGGGUCGAGUUGGGUUUCACUUUAAAAAUUUUUCAAAUCCAGUACUAAUUUAAAAAAAAAAAAAAAAAAAACCUUAAAAACUAGUUUUUGAUAAUUGUGAGUUAAAUCAAGUCUUGUUAUUACGUUUAUCAUAUUAAAAAACUAAUUUGAUGAAUGACAACAAAUAAUUUAAAAUUAAAAUUUAGAUUUUUAAAAUAAUUAUCAGCUUUAAAAUUAAUACUGACAUUUAUCACUUGGAAAUCUAAAGUUAUGUAAAAAUAAAGUAUAUAAAUAAAUCAACUUAUAUUUUAUAUUUCUGACUGUUUUUAAACUGUUAAUAAUUUCAAGUAAUUUGCUUUUAAUUUUAAUUUCAUAGAAAAUUUUUAACACGAUUCAAAUAUUUAAAUUUAGAAUUAGCAUUUGGGAUUUUAAAACUAAAAAAAUUCAUAACUUUCCUCCCAAAUAGUUUACCAUUAGCUAACGAAAAAGUCGUGUUAAUUACAUUUUCCAACAUUAAUUAAUUAGUCAUAAAUAAUAGAGUCAUAUUCAUGAGUGUCAAUGUAGCAGACAUCAGACAAAUUUAAAAUUUUAAAUAAAUAGAGUAAAUAAUUUUUAAAAGAAUAUUUAUAAAAAAUGCACUUAUUAAUUUAAAAAUUCUUUAAAUGCGUAUUUUUUUUUAAUGUUAGUUCAUUAAUUAUUUACUCUAUUUAUUAAUAAUUUCAAAUUUGUCUGAUGCCUGCUACAUUCACACUCAUGUUAUAUUCCUAAAUCUUCUCAAAUGAUUCCCAAUUAAAGAAAAAUAAAUUUAUUGUCUGUAAAAUAUACAUUCUAAAGUUGAUGGUAGGGAUUUCAAACAGUAGAGUUUAUUCAUAAAUGCAACUUGGUAGUGUUUUUUUCUGGUAGUGAUUGAACAUCCUGCACCGCGACUUGAUUUUCUACGGAGGUACCUAUGAAUCCUUUAUGAACUCGGCCAAGAAGCUUAUUUUAGUAUCCUGAUAAUAUUAUAUUUCAUUUAUCCGAUAUAUCUCACUUGUAAACUUUAUUUACUAUGCUAAUCUAAAUGUGAAACUUUCAAUUUCUUUUGUUCCAUUGAAACUAUAUUUUCUUAUAAUUAUUUAUGUAUUUUCUCUAUUAUUGUAAUCAUAUUAAAAUGUAUAUUGCCGA